UUCUCCCAAUUUCAGUGAAAACCUGACUGAUUUCAGCCCCUCACAGACUCUUCCAGUCUCUUCUGGGGCCACUACUAGCCCCAUAAUCGAUGUUAACCCAACUGCUGUUCAGCGAGUGGUUGUUGAACAUGUAGUGCGCAACAAUGAGAGCUCACCACAGUUCGCUUCAUCUGGUAGACUUAGGGCUUUUUCAGGCAAGAGCCCACGUCCUGGCCAUGAGGCAGAUUAUGAUACGUGGCGAGCUAGUGUUGAAAUCCUUAUUAGAGAUCCUUCUGUGUCUGAUCUGCACUGCACACAUCGUAUACUAGACAGUCUGCUUCCUCCUGCUUCCGAGAUGAUUAAACAUCUGAGUCCACAGUCUAGACCCUCUGCUUAUCUUGAGUUGCUUGACUCUGCCUACGGAACAGUCGAAGAUGGUGAUGAGCUGUACGCUAGGUUCAUGAGCACAUUUCAAAAUGAUGGAGAGAGAGCUUCUGUUUUCCUGCAGAGGCUGCACACUGCAUUAAGUAGAACCAUGAGACGUGGUGGUGUGUCUGCUCAUGAUUUUGACCAACAGCUCUUAAAGCAGUUCAUUCGAGGUUGUUGGGAGAAUACAUUAAUAAUCGAUCUUCAGCUAGAACAAAAAAAAGAAAACCCACCUUCCUUUGCAGAGCUGCUGCUUCUCCUUAGGACAGAAGAAGAUAAACAGGCGGCAAAAUUGAGUCGCAUGAGGCAGCAUUUUAGUCAUGCUAAGUCUGCCCAAAACUCUAGCAAGCAGCACGCCAUGUCACACGUGCAACUCGCACACACCACCAAUAAUCUGGUGGACAAGUCUGAUCUUGAGACACUAAAGCAACAAGUUGCUGACCUAAACAUUCAGCUUAAGAGUCUUGUAUCUGAGAAUCAUCAGCCGAAACAACCUAAGCAGCAAAAAGCGAGGUCCGUGCCUCCGUGUGUCACACCUGACUCCCAUGGUGUGAGACCAAAAGCGGCCAGUCAGCAUUCCUCCGCAUUUAAAAUCAACAGCAGACCACGUCCAUGGUACUGUUUCCAGUGUGGGGAGGAUGGCCAUGUUGUCUCAGUUUGUGAUAAAGUGCCGAAUCCUUCCCUUGUAGCAGCUAAGAAAAAACAGCUGAAAGAAAAACAGGCUGCUUGGGAAGCCUCUAAUGCUUCUCGAAGUGAGACACAUUUAAACUGAAGUCUACUUCCAUAGAGGGACAUAUGGGAGUGGAGGCUCACAAUGUCAGUCCCAAAAUCCUGAAACCUGCCAUUAAAAACGUUAAAGUGGAAGGAUCAAAAUUUCCACAUGGCCUUGUAGGAACUAAGACCACAGCUCAAGUAACUGUUGCCGGAAGAGACACAAACUGUCUUUUGGACACGGGUUCACAAGUCACAACUGUACCCCAGUCUUUUUAUGAAGAACAUCUUGCAGAUCUGACCAUUCAUCCCUUAAAUGAGCUACUUGAAGUGGAGGGUGCCAAUGGCCAGUCUGUCCCCUACUUAGGAUAUGUUGAGCUUACCAUCACCUUUCCUAAAGAGUUUGUAGGCUCUGAUAUUGAUGUUCACACUCUGGCCUUGGUUAUCCCCCAUCUCCGCUCUACAGCCCAUGAGCAGGUUCUCAUAGGCACAAACACCCUUGAUGUCCUCUAUGCUGAUUACCAGAAGCUUUCACCCUUUCAGCCUUUGUUUAAUGGGUAUCAAGCAGUUCUCAAAAUACUUGAGAUACGACAAAGAAACUUUAACUCUGGUAGCCUUGGUUGUGCAAAACUGACAGGUAAGAUGCCUGCAGUCGUUCCUGCAGGACAGACGGUUGUCCUGGAGGCCUCUGUCAAUGUAAAUCCUGUGAACAUGCAAAGAGAUGUUGUCCUUGAACAUCCUUCAGCUUCUUCACUACCAAAUGGCUUGCUAGUUUCAGCAAUUGCAGUCACUUUACCACGCAAACGUCAGUGUCUUCUCCCUGUCGUAGUGAGAAAUGAAACCAACCAUGACAUUGUCAUACCCCCCAAAACACCUGUGGCAGAUGUUAAUGCUAUAGUGCAAGUGCUACACAAAGAGCAAACUGUCAGAGAACCAGACUGCUCUAAAUUUCAAGCUAAGUCCUCUUCAGAACUGAGCUUUGAUUUUGGAGAUUCGCCCUUACCCACUGAAUGGAAGGAGCGAAUUACAAACAUGUUAAACGACAUGCCAAAUGUCUUCUCUCAGAACGAAUUGGACUUUGGACACACUGACAAAGUCAAACACCAUAUCAAACUCAGUGAUGAAACACCUUUUAAACAAAGAGCGCGUCCCAUACACCCCAGUGAUGUGGAUGCUGUGAGACAACAUCUACAGGAACUCCUUGAUUCUGGUGUUAUACGAGAAUCUGAGUCUCCAUUUGCUUCCCCCAUUGUUGUCGUUCGCAAAAAGAAUGGGUCUGUUCGUCUGUGUGUGGACUACAGAAAGCUGAACCUGCAGACCAUCAAAGAUGCCUAUGCCCUUCCAAAAUUGGAAGAUGCAUUCAGUGCUCUUGCAGGUUCUAAGUGGUUCUCGGUUCUAGACCUCAAGUCUGGAUACUAUCAGGUCGAGAUGGAGGAAGCAGACAAGCAUAAGACCGCAUUUGUUUGCCCACUUGGAUUUUGGGAAUUUAACAGGAUGCCCCAGGGGAUCACAAAUGCGCCUUCGACAUUCCAGAGAUUGAUGGAGAAGUGUGUGGGAGAUAUGAAUCUCAAAGAGGUUCUGGUGUUCAUUGAUGACUUGAUUGUCUUCUCAUCAUCCCUGGAGGAACAUGAACAGCGCUUGAAGUGUGUCCUGCAACGACUGAUGUCAUAUGGCUUGAAACUGGCACCAGAAAAGUGCAAAUUCUUUCAGACCUCGGUAAAAUACCUUGGUCACAUUGUUUCCGCAAGAGGGGUAGAGACUGACCCUGACAAAGUUGAGGCCUUAAAGACCUGGCCGAUCCCCACAAAUCUUAAGGAACUUCAGUCCUUUUUAGGAUUCGCUGGAUAUUACCGAAGGUUUAUUCAGGGGUACUCUGUCAUUGUCAGACCACUUAACGAACUAACCUCAGGCUAUCCACCAAUGAGGAAGCGGAACAACAAGCCAAGGACAAACACAAAUUCAGAGUAUCGCAACCCAAAGGAACCCUUUGGUCAGCGUUGGACACCUCAAUGUCAGGAGGCCUUUGACCAAAUAAUAGCAAAGCUAACCUCAGCUCCAAUCUUGGGAUUUGCAGACCCCCAGCUUCCAUAUGUUUUACAUACGGACGCCAGUACCAUUGGCCUUGGUGCUGCAUUGUACCAGGUACAAGAUGGACAGUCCAGGGUCAUAGCUUUUGCAAGUCGUGGUCUUUCAAAAAGUGAGAGGAAGUACCCAGCCCAUAAGCUGGAGUUCUUGGCCCUUAAGUGGGCAGUCACGGAAAAAUUCUCUGACUAUUUAUACGGUACAGACUUUGUAGUAGUGACUGACAGCAACCCUCUUACGUACAUUUUGACCUCUGCAAAGCUUGAUGCAACAGGGUAUAGGUGGUUGUCCAGUCUUUCCACCUAUUCAUUUAGUCUUCAGUACAGAGCGGGAAAACAAAAUCUGGAUGCUGAUGCGCUCUCGCGCCGUCCUCAUAGUCCACCAGAGGAUGAUUAUGCAUCUAAGAAGGAGAGUGAGAGAAUCCGGCAGUUCACACUGUACCAUCUGAGCAACCCUGAGAGUCCAGAGACUGUUCCCUCGGAUGUAAUUCAGGCCAUUUGUGAACGCCAUAUGGUCACCUCAGCCGUAGCUAAUGUUGAAUCUACCACUUCUGGGUUGACCUUAGUUGAAUCCCUCACUCACCAGUCCACAGCUAUUCCCGACUGCUUCCAACAGGAGCAGGUGGAUGGGCUUCCAAUUGUCCACUCAAUUUCUGAGGAGGAGUUGAGGCAAAAGCAGACAUUGGACCCUGCUAUCAAUGCAGUGAUUGUACUCUUGGAGACUGGCGAAACUCCACCUCCCAGCCUUAGGUUAGAGCUACCCGAACUUCCCCUGUUACUCAGGGAGUUAAAUCGGCUUGAAAUGCAGAACGGAGUGCUCUACCGUAAACGGCAAGAUGGUCCCAACACCUCAUAUCAGCUUGUGCUCCCUGAGGAGCUAAGAGCCGCAGCACUUACAAGUCUUCAUCGUGAUAUGGGCCAUCUUGGAGUCGAACGAACAGUAGACUUGGCAAGGGCCAGAUUUUAUUGGCCGAAAAUGCACAUGACCAUAGAAAAAAUGGUCAAAUCUUGUGAGCGAUGUAUCCGUCGAAAAACGCCUCCAGAGAAAGCUGCUCCGUUGAUAAACAUUAAGACCUGCAGACCUCUCGAACUAGUGUGCAUGGACUUUUUAUCAAUAGAGCCAGAUCGCUCAAACACGAAAGAUGUAUUGGUCAUAACUGACCAUUUUACAAAGUAUGCAGUAGCAGUGCCAACUCCAAAUCAACGAGCACGGACUGUAGCAAAGUGUCUCUGGGACAACUUCAUUGUCCAUUAUGGUUUUCCCGAAAAGCUUCUUAGUGAUCAGGGUCCUGACUUUGAAUCAAAGACCAUUAAGGAACUCUGUGAACUUACUGGCAUGAAGAAAGUGCGUACAACUCCUUACCACCCUAGAGGGAAUCCGGUUGAGAGAUUCAACCGCACUCUUCUCCAGAUGCUUGGGACACUGGAUCGGUCAGAUAAACUCCACUGGAGAGACUUCGUCAAACCUCUGGUACAUGCUUAUAAUUGUACGAAGAGUGAUGUGACUGGAUUUUCCCCCUAUGAAUUGAUGUUUGGGAGGCAACCAAGACUGCCCAUCGACCUUAUCUUUAGGUUGCCUACUAAUGCUACUAAGCAGACUCAUUCCCAGUACGUCGGUAAUCUAAAAUCUCGUUUGGAAGAAAGCUACCGGAUUGCCACCAGUAAUGCACAAAAGAAUGCAGGUCGCAACAAAGCCAGAUUUGACCGACGAGUUGUUGAAUCAACAUUGCAGACCGGAGACAGAGUUCUUGUACGAAAUGUGAAGCUGCGUGGAAAACAUAAGCUGGCAGAUAAGUGGGAAGAGGAUGUUUACAUUGUCCUUAAGCGAGCUGGAGAAAUGCCGGUCUACACAGUUAAACCUGAGGGUAAAGAUGGACCUGUGCGGACUCUACAUCGUGACUUGCUUCUCCCAUGUGGAUUUCUGUCAGCAGCUGCAGAACCCGAGACAGUCAAAACCCAUCCAAACAGGAGACCCAGAACAAGGCAGUGUUCCGUUGUUGAGAGUGAAGAUGAAAUUCCCUCUGAUCUGGACGAUGUACCUGAUUGGACGUUUCGCCCUCUCAUUACAUCAAAGCCCGACGUAUAUGUCCCAGUACAUGAAACUCACAAGUUGAGUGAACCUCCUUGUGUGGUCAGACAAUCAGCAGAACCAGAGGUGCCUACAGUUUCACUUCCACCUGAUCCUCCUGCCACUGAAUCCCUUGUAGUAGAGGAAGGUGAAGAAGUGAUUCAGGAUGUACCUGAACAAGACAACUCACCUGUAGCAAACAUAUUGCCUGGGCUUGACUCAGCCAAAGGACUUCCUCAAAGUUCAGAAUUGCAGCAGUCUGAGGAAGCUCCUCCAGAUGAUGAGGCAAGCUCUGAUGCAGCAUGUGAUGAAGGAUUGAGUGAUGUGAACAGACCUGUUACUGAACAGCCUGAACCUGUGACGAUCCAGAAUAACGGAUUUCAAGAUGAUGAGCCAUCUUUUCCUCUUCGUCGUUCUAACAGAAUGCAUGCAAAGCCCAAGAGAUUGCAUUAUGUAAAACUUGGGAAUCCUCUGAUAACAGUGGUGAAUUCUCUUUUCCAAGGCCUUAGUGAGGCAUUGACUAGCUCUUUAAAUGGAUUUGAGGAUCCAACUAGCAAUUAUGUUGGAAAGGUAAAAGCAGUGUAACUCAAUGCCACACUGCAGAUGCCCAGGGACGGGCAUACCAUCAAGAGGGGAGGGUGUAACCCACAUAAAAUGAGGGUACCACUUUAAGGAGUGAUAGAUAUGAGGAGAGAUGGACAGCCUGCCCAACCAAUCGAAAUGCACAGGUCCCAGUAUGCUUUGGCCAAUGGGAAAGCAGCCUGCCGCUGUAUGUCCCACCCACCUGCUCUGUGUUCGCUGCUAUGUGUGGAGGUAGUCGCGUGCUGGCAGGAGAAAAGAGAGUCUGAAGCUUUUGAGCUGGAAAAAGAAUUAGAUAUAAGUUGCAACCAACUGUGCUGCACAUAAGUUCACUGGUGAUCAGCUACCUUCCAUGUUAAGAGUAGCCACAGUGAGUAAACAGGCGAAUGCUGCAGUUUUCUGGCGACUUUAGAAAGGACCGCGUGGAGCUAAACUGUUAGCCUUCAUUAGCUCUAGUUGCUAUCAACUGCCUUAAAGUUCAUCUCAAUCUGCUUCCAGAAGUAAGAGCCCCGCAUUUUCCGACCGAGAGACACCAUACCAUUGUCUUCGGCCGUGAUGCACUGAGAUCGGUGAGCACAUGUUGUAUGUCUCAGUUAGUUCACGUCUGUUUCACAUUUUAUCGUUGAGAAACUGAAUUUAUCUGAAUUGUUUGAUUAAUAGUUGUCGCAUAUGCACUGACUUUACUUGGUGUAAUGCAUAGUUUGUGUAAGAGAGAUGUUUUGUUUUUGCAUAUUUGAGUAUUUUAAUUGCAAAUUGAUGUUGAAUGUGAUGUCAACAAAAUCCUAAGUUGUGAAUUAUAGCUAGAACAGCAUAAUUAAUAUUUGAAUUGCUCUUCUGACCCUGUCUGUUGACAGGUCAGGUUUUUUUUGUAUGCUGAAUUGUUCCUGAGGUGGAUUCCUCCGGCGAAAUAGAUGGCGAGCCUUCCCACCUGGACUUAGAGAGACUGAGAUUUGCUUCUUUUCCACUUGAUGAUCUGCUGCACCUUGCGGUGUGGUAGGACUGUAUCACUCACACUUUCACAAACAGCUGGUUAUACAUAAGACCACUGACUGACAUUCUCUCACCCCUAUUUUCUUUCACACCCUGGGAAUUUUUUGGACUUUACCCCUUGGACAUUUUUUAUUUGGGACUUUAAAUAAUAAGCUGUUGUGUAGAACAUUCUCCACAUGUGAAAAGAGUGUGAGAUCUUCAUUUGAAUGUACAUUGGAUUUGUGUAAUCUGUCUCUAUAAGAGUUAAGGAGUCAGAUUACUAGGGUGCACCCGAACAUUGAAACCCGAGCAUUGAAAUCUGAGCAUUGAAACCCGAACAUUGAAACCCGAACACUGAAAAACAAAAGUAACACUUGGCCAAGUCGUUGUUCUAGUAGUUUAUGUGUUUUACUUUUCUUUUAUUUUUGUAAGUUUCCCUUCUAUAAUUGUAAAGUGUCGUUAACCUGUGUUUGUCAACCGUAUAGUGUAUUUCACUAAAGUCGGCUGGUUCUUUUGAGUUACAGUCUUGUCUCUGUGUCUUAU